AUGAAUGAUAAAAUAACUGUAGCCCUUUUGGGGCGUACCGGAAGUGGAAAAUCCACUAUUGCUAAUAUGUUACUUAAUGGCGAUCUUUCUGAUGAUAAUUUUUUUGGGAUUGGUGAUAGUGCAAGAGGAACAACAGAUAGUAUUGAUUUUAUCAUUAAUGAAAAAAUUGGAAUCUUCGAUACGGUAGGCUUGGGAGAAAACAAACGUGGAAAUGUUGAGCAUAGUAAAGCUAUCAAAAUGAUUCGAAAUCACUUUGCAGUACCCUUUGUAUCAUUCAACUAUAUAUGCUACGUUAAAGCUAAGGAUAGAUUUAUUGAUGAUGAUCGUAAAAACUUUAAUGAAUUUAAAGAGAUAUUCAGCGACUGUGAUAGAAAUAUUGUUAUUAUCAUUACUCAUUGUAAACAAAAAUGGAUUAAUGAAAACAGCCAAACAAUAGAAGAUUAUUUUGGAAAUUAUCCUGUAAUUGGUGUCGAUUUUCCUUCAGAAGACGAGGAUGAUGAUGAUGGUGACAAACAGAAAAAAAAGGAACGAAGAACACAAAAUCUAAACCACCUACUACAAACCUUCUCAGCCCUAAAUUAUAAGGGCAUUAAAAUAGAAGUUCUUAGUUCACUUGAGGCAACUGAAGAUAAAGUACAAAGGUGGUUUGGUUUUGUACCAGAAUUUGCUGUGCUUUAUAAAAUAACUUCAGCUGGUGUUUAUUAUCUUAAAGGAAAACCAAAGAUUGCAAAACGACGAUUGGUUGAAGGAACGUACUAG